AGGUGGGAUUUAUUGUGUAGCUAUAUAAUACAUGAGCGCAACUUCACAAUGCCCCUGCAAACUCAGUCUGAAGAAGUUUCCCAGUCCCUUCAUUGAACCUACUCCUGGAAAUUGAGCACCGGCGAACCUAGUCCUCUCUCUUCAGACCCGUGCCACCAUGUCCUUCAUCGCAGACUUCUUCAAGCAGAUCUUCUAUCUGGGCCAGCCCGAUGACUCGACCUUACCCAGUCAGGGGACUGUGACUCCUGACCCAGAUUUCAAUGUCGAUAGGGAUGUACUCAUCUUGGAUAAGGCCAUCAAGGCCAAGGGUGUGGAUGAGAACACCAUCAUUGAUGUGCUGGUGAGGAGGAGCAACGCCCAGAGACAGCAGAUCAAAGCUACCUAUGAGAAGGCUAAAGGCAAGCCUCUGGAGACUGCCCUGAAGUCAGCCCUAAAGGGAGACCUGGAGGAUGUGGUUCUGGCUCUGCUCAAGACGCCAGCCCAGUAUGACGCCCAACAGCUCAAACAGGCCAUGAAUGGAUUGGACACAGAUGAGGAUACUCUGGUUGAGAUUCUGGCCUCCAGGACCAAUAAGGAGAUCAGAGAGUUAAAGAAAGUCUAUAAGGGAGAAAACAAAAAGGAGCUAGAGGAUGACAUCAAAUCUGACACAAGCGCAGACUUCAGGAAUGCUCUGCUCUCGCUCUGCAAGGCUACUAGGAAUGAGGACACCAUGGUGAACCAGGAACUUGCUGACAGUGAUGCCAGGGCCCUGUAUGAGGCUGGAGAGAAGAGGAAGGGAACAGACUGCUCUGUCUUCAUUGACAUUCUGACCUCCAGAAGUGCUCCUCAGCUCCGCCAAACGUUUGAGAGGUACUCCAAGUACAGUAAGGUGGAUGUGGCAAAGGCUAUUGACCUGGAACUGAAGGGAGACAUUGAGAACUGUCUGACUGCCGUAGUGAAGUGUGCUGGAAGCAAGCCGGUUUUCUUUGCUGAGAAGCUCAACUUGGCAAUGAAGGGUAAAGGAACCAGGACCAAUAUUCUGACCCGGGUCAUGGUGAGCAGGUCUGAAGUCGACCUGGCCCGGAUUAAACAGGAGUACAAGAAGACGUUUGGGAAAACCCUCUCCCAGGAAAUUCUGGAUGACACCAAGGGAGACUAUGAGAAGAUCCUACUGGCCCUGUGUGGAAGUGACAACUAACUUUCUCUCAGAUCUCACCUGGAGCCAAUUACCACAGUGCAUGAGUGCCAAUGGAGAAUAAUGUACACAAAUGUUCCACUCCCAAAUGCAAAAUAUUAUGGUUCAUGACAACUGUGAAAUGGCAGUCAUGAUGUAUUUUCUCUACUUGCUAACAGCAAUGAGCACAGUAAACAUGGUAAGCAACAUUGACAUAUAUUUAGCCAAGCUACAGCCGACUCUAGGAUCUAUAGUGGAAUAUACCAGACGCCAUUUGUGUGGCAAGAAUAUGCAGUGGCCUGGAUAACUGGUCCUUCGUGCAAAUACAGCUUUUUAUGUUGCUUCAAAUUGUCUUUAUUGAUCUGUGUGUAUAUUUUUUAUUCUAUCCAACAUUGCAUGUUUGCAUGUUUGCCUCAAGCCCAUGAGGUCUAAUUUGAGAAUGACCCGCCAACAAUGAACCCCUUAAGACCUGUCAUGAAAUAUAUUCACAAAAGACUCAGUUGUAAAACACAGCCAGACAUGGUAUGUGUAAUUAAUACAAAUGAAGGAUCUCGCCCUCAAUUUUAAAUGGACUUCAUUGUAUUAAAUCUACAGUAGCUAGACGGGAUUUGGAAGGAUGGUCAUGUGAGACUUCAGCUAUGCUACAUAUAAGGCAGAGGAGGCUGGUGGGAGGAGCUAUUGGAGGAUGGGCUCAUUGUUAAGGC